GUCGAGAUUUUCCGUAGUAAAAUUAAGAAAACCCAUAGUUUUUCAACAGUAAAUACUUUUUGAAUUGACAAGUGAACGACAUAGAUCAUCAUGGCAGUUAAUUUUUUUCCGGAUGACUGGGAAUCGAUUUCAAAAGAAGAAUUGUCAUCUGCCAGAUCGAGGCUGGCAGGAUUCAUUGAAGCCGUUCCGGAUAAGAACAGGGAACUAAGAGAGCAAUUGGAAGCAUUAGAGAAAAUUAUGAUGUCCACUCAAAAUGGAAUACUUGGAUCACUAAGAUUGAUUGCUACGAUGGAACAAGGAACCAAUAAGACUGCAGCAAAAGAUGUCCUGGACGAGUUCAGAAAGGCCCAUGAGCUUAUGCGCCAACGGCUCUUCAUUCUCACAAUUUGGCGCAAAUUCGAUUAUGCCACUGCUGACAAAGUUGCCAGAAGAAAGGCUGGGGAAUACUUGGAUGCUGAUCUCGCUAAAGUCUUGGAGGAAAGAGACAAGAGGGAAAUAAAACAAUCAACUGAGGCUAACAAACCAGAUUUGAUACAAGUGUCCCUUUCGACAAAGAUCACACAGGACAAUAAUGUCACUGAACAGUCCAACAUUAACGACGAUCAUACAGAAUUUAUCCCUGGAUCAAUUCAUCAGGAAAAGGUUCGAGAAUUCUGGAUUAAAGAACUAAAAGCCGGCGACUGGGUUUUGAAUGUACUGGAAGAAGGUUACAUCAUUCCAUUCACGAAGGCUCCAGCUGCCUACGAAGAACCCAACAAUGCUUCAGCCAAUAAAGAUCCGGUUUUUGUCCACCAAGCAGUAACAGAACUUGCAACAUUGGGAAUCAUCCAAUUCACGAAGGAAAAACCUCUUUGCGUCUCUCCAUUAACAUCUGGGUGGAUCAUUGAAAAGAAGAAAUCUGACCAAGAAAAUGAUGCUAGCCAAUGCAAGGAAUAUCUUGGUUUCAUCAUUGACACUGAUAGUAUGACCGUACGCCUGAGUGAGGCCAAAAAACAGCACACUAUUCAACAAGUUCUGAAAACGAUCGCUUAUGGUCCAAAGCCAAUUCUGGCAAAAGAAUUAGCUGGAACUCUAGGAAAAAUGGUCUCAACAGAACCAGCACUAGGACCAGUAGUCAUUAUGGCGGCAAGAGCCGCUUACAUAGAACUAGAUGCGGCAGCACAAGGAAGAGGAUGGAGCACUUUUCUAACAAUGAGCACGGAAUCACUGAACGGACUUAAUUUUUUUGUAGAAAACUUUUCUGAUUUUGACAAUUCUUUAAUUCGAUCAGCUGCAACAGAAAUAUCUGUUUUAUCGAUAAUUGGACCACCCAGCUCUUUUAUGAAAUCGAGUUUUGUGUCAAACCAUGCACGAACGCAAGAAGAGAAGAUUUGGGCAAGUGAUGCCUCUGGAUUUGCCACAUGUGCUUACUCGAUCAAAGGAGAGAAACUUUACUAUAGAGGAUUGCUAAACGAGGACGAAAAAAGACUAUCAUCUGGUCAUAGAGAACUUCUCGCAGUGAGAAAAACCCUGGAAUAUUACCAACAUACAGGGGCGACCAACAACAAAGCCACCAACAUUUACUGGCUCACCGACAGCCAAAAUUUGACCACUUUCUUAACGAAAGGGUCUGGAAAGAGACAUAUUCAAAAGGAAAUCUUCGAAGUCAUGGUCCUCUGCAAGAAACUUAGUUUGAAAAUAAUACCGAUCCACCUUUUACGAGACGACCCGCGCAUCAAGUUGGCAGAUGACGGUUCAAAAACAACAGACACGGAUGACUGGCAAAUAGACGACGAAACAUUCCAAAAGAGCAAUCGGAGAUUCAAUUUUACAAUCGACAUGUUUGCUUCUGAUCGCAAUAGAAAAUGCGAAGAUUUUUUUCAAAUUUUUACUGCAAGGGAACAACUGGCAUUGACGCAUUUUCGCAUUCAUGGGACGGGGAGAUUGCUUGGAUUUGUCCGCCAAUACGAGAGGUUAUCAAAGUCACCAGGAAACUGA